CUCCGGCCCAUAAUGUAUAUUUUAAGCGCAGCCCAGUGUUUUUAAGAACAUUCUGGUAGUGUCGGAGGUCUGGAUUUGUUGCCUGCUCUUCCCCCCGUGCAGCAGCGGCCUGUUUUCCUCCCCCUGUUGUGUGUUUUUAUUAUUUUCCCUCUGGCUUAGAUGUGUCAAUCAUUCUCUCCCUGCCAUUGGUUGGAGAGUUUGCGUCAAAAAGUUGCCAGAGAGGCGCUUUCUCAGCAAAUCUCCCUGAGAGCGGAACCUUCCUCAGCUCCAACUCAGCCUCCACUGUUAUUAAAAAUAAAAAUCGCUAGAGCAGCUCGGUCGCCACAUCUACUUUGAUAGCUGGCUAUUGGACAUUUUGAAGGAUAAUUUGAUUUUUUUUCCCUUCCUUUUCUAACUUCCAAUGCGGCUGUAAGGCCAGUCGCCAGUCCACGUAGUUUUGUUUCCUCGCCAUCAUGCAGAAAAUUAAUCAGCCAGGACGAGAAGCAGAGCUGAGCACGACGGCCUGUAAUUAAGGGACGUGUGCCCCUCGGAUUAUCUCGUUAGUUUAUCAAGAAAACAUUUAUUAUAAUUAAUUCUCGGACGAGGUAAUUAUUAUUGAGCGAGGACACAGCAACUGGUAGAUGGGCUUCUUGGAAGGAAAAAAAAAAACAAGGAGGGGGGUUUGGAGGGGGGAAGCGACAGAUUGCACGAAUUGACCGUUAGAUAUAAGGCUGCGCAGGCCGGCGCAGGCAGUGGAGAGGGACCUUGGGCGUCAGGGCUGCUGAUCUGCGGGGCUGCAGGGCAGGGACGCCGGACCUAGUCGCUUGCACCUGGAAGUGAGGGCACUCGGGACUCGCCACGCUACCGCCGUUUCCUCCUAGUUCCAUCACUCCAAACCCACCCACCAAGGACCCUGACCCUGUCCACUCCAGGAGAUUCGAGACCGUCCGGCUGGGUCCCCCCAAUUUGGGCCGACUUUGCGCCUCCAAACAACCUUAGCAUGAUGUCUUAUCUAAAGCAACCGCCUUACGCAGUCAAUGGGCUGAGUUUGACCACUUCGGGUAUGGACUUGCUGCAUCCCUCCGUGGGCUACCCGGGGCCCUGGGCUUCUUGUCCUGCAGCCACCCCCCGGAAACAGCGGCGGGAAAGGACUACGUUCACCAGGGCACAACUGGACGUUUUGGAAGCUCUGUUUGCCAAGACCCGGUACCCAGACAUCUUCAUGCGGGAGGAGGUGGCGCUGAAAAUCAACUUGCCCGAGUCCAGGGUCCAGGUGUGGUUUAAAAACCGAAGAGCUAAGUGCCGCCAACAACAGCAGCAACAACAGAAUGGAGGUCAAAAUAAAGUGAGACCUGCCAAGAAGAAGACCUCUCCAGCUCGGGAAGUGAGUUCAGAGAGUGGGACAAGUGGCCAGUUCACUCCCCCCUCUAGUACCUCAGUCCCCACCAUUGCGAGCAGCAGUGCUCCCGUGUCUAUCUGGAGCCCAGCUUCCAUCUCCCCUCUGUCAGACCCCUUGUCCACCUCCUCCUCCUGCAUGCAGAGGUCCUAUCCUAUGACCUAUACUCAGGCUUCAGGUUAUAGUCAAGGAUAUGCUGGCUCAACUUCCUACUUUGGGGGCAUGGACUGUGGAUCUUAUCUGACCCCUAUGCAUCACCAGCUUCCUGGACCAGGGGCCACACUCAGUCCCAUGGGUACCAAUGCAGUUACCAGCCAUCUCAAUCAGUCCCCAGCUUCUCUUUCCACCCAGGGAUAUGGAGCUUCAAGCUUGGGUUUUAACUCAACCACUGAUUGCUUGGAUUAUAAGGACCAAACUGCCUCUUGGAAGCUUAACUUCAAUGCUGACUGCUUGGAUUAUAAAGAUCAGACAUCCUCAUGGAAAUUCCAGGUUUUGUGAAGACCUGUAGAACCUAUUUUUGUGGGUGAUUUUUAAAUAUGCUGGGCUGGACAUUCCAGUUUUAGCCAGGCAUUGGUUAAAAGAGUUAGAUGGGAUGAUGCUCAGACUCCUGAUCAAAGUUCCAGAGAGGCAUAGAAGGAAAAUGAAGGGCCUUAGAGGGGCCUAUAUCAACCAGCAACCUGAAAUGGACAAACCAAUCUUAAGAUUCUGUCAUAGUUCUAGAUCAUUGGUUUUCUGAUUUGCAAAUGAUUGAUCAAAUAUAUUCUAGUCACAUGCAACCAAACACCACGCAAAAUAAAAAUCAAACAAAACCAAGUUGUGAGGGAAGGGAGGGAAGGUCAUACCCUUCAAAGCAGAGGUAACCCGGUGUUUUAGCCAAUCCUUGGUUGAAUCUUAGGAAUGGACAGUGUUCCAAGCUCAUUCACGUUUCAUGACCAACUGGUAGUUGGCACUGAAAAACUUUUCAGGGCUGUGUGAAUUGUGCGACUGAUUGUCCUAGAUGCACUACUUUAUUUAAAAAAAAAUAAUGUUCAUAAGGAGUCAAUAUGUAGUUUAAGAGACAAUCAGUGUGUGUCUUAUAUAAAUGGUACAUCUGUGGUUUUUAAUCUGUGCUAGACUUCAAAACUGUGAUCUCCUGUUAUUGUAUGCAACCUUGAACUCCACCUAUGCAGGGGUUCUUCUGUGAUUAAAUAGGUUAUAAUUAUAAGCAAAAUUCAGAGCAACUGAAUACUGAUCUAGAAAGAUUACCUGUGGCUGGAGGUGAGCUGCCCUGCUGUCUCUGGCAAGGAUCGAGGAGAAGCAAAAGGACCCUGAUUCAUCCGUAAUUUUAUGUUGGUAAGCCUGGCAGUAAAAAGACAUUGAUGAAUUGCUCUGACCCUGAUGAAUUUUAAACUGAGAUCAUUUAUGCUUGCAGAUGUUAACUGGAAGUUAUAUAUGCAUAAACCCUUUCUUCCUGGAUUUGGCAGAUAUGUAUAAUUAUAUUAAAAUGGUUCUAGCACAA